AUGGAUCGGUGUAUACAAGGCUUGCGCGAGAAUAAAGGGACCGUAGCAGCCGUACUGGGCGUUCUCUUGUACAUCGGUGCUUUAGUGGGUGGAUUGGCUGCAGAACUCAGCCUACAACUGCUCCAAGACCAGUCAACCCUACAAUAUCUACGAGGACAAUUAAACAAGACGCGUUUCCGCUGGAUUGGGACACCUGUAUCGCCACCCCAACCACCGUCAAUCGCCCGUCGGUUUGACAAUACCGAGAACGCCGUCACUGCCACUAGCGCCAUUACCCCGAGCUGGGAUCGAACUCCCACGUCACAACCCUCCACACCCACCACUACCACACUACACCGACGGCACCCACUCUCCUCAAACUCCUCAAACUCCUCAAACUCUUCAAACUCCUCACCCCCUUCACCCACCCCUACUCACCCCACCACACCAAUACCUAGCAUCGUUUCCACACCUGUCUAUCUACCCCCUAACACAACACAGGUAACACAGGUAACACAGGUAACACAGGUAACACAGCCAACACAGGCAACGCAGGCAACGCAGGCACCAUCACCUGCCGUCACUCCCCCCACUAUCCACCACCCCCACCCGUACGACGAUCCAAACCGCCGACGGAGCUAG